GUAGGUAGGACUUGAAACUGUACGAACCUUGAAACGCAUGUGGAAGGUACCUAGUCAGGUACGUACUGUACGUACUGAGCUGUACACGGCACGGGCAGCAUGAGCUCGUACCUUCCUUGGUGGGAUGUUUAAUGGAACACCUUGUUCUUGUCUUUUCAGGUGAUCACAAACGCCGGAAUUAUUUAAUCUUUUUAAUCUUUUAAACAUUCACGAGCGCCAACCUCAGACCUACGCCAUCCAUAUCACCGGAUCAUUCAAUGGGUCAACUGGACGGGUUGCCGCGCAGCCUGACAAGGCCAGAAACAUUAUUCCUUUCUUGACACGUAUGCUUACGUUCAUAGAAGCAUAAUUGUCACGUACCUAUUCUAGGUAGAUUAACAAUAUCUCUUCGUCGCUCUUUAGGCAAAUGUCACACUUCUUCCCAUCUUCCGACGACUCAUCCUGCUCAGCUUCCUGUAAAGACGACGCACUCUUCUCUUUCGGCAUGGGGCCCCAAAUUCUGGUCUUCACGACCAUCGCCGUCGCUUGCACUCCCUUCGCUGUAUUAAUAUGGUGGAAUUACUUCCUACCUCUACUCCUUCGCGCCUUUUCAUUCACCUUUGGAAGAAGCUUGGGAUGGUGUUUGAAAAAAGGAGCCGAAGGUCGCCGUUCCCUACUUGUCCACGCCACUGCCGAAAAUGAGGCCAAAUACAGAGAGAGCAAAGCUCAGGAAAAAGACGACAAUGCUAGUAGUGGCGAUGAGAGCUGGGAGAAUAUUGAAGCUUCUAUAGCUGGUUCUUCCGGCAAUGGAGAGAAGGGUAGUCGAGAAUGGGAUGGUAUUGUGGGCUUCUUUCACCCCUUCUGCAAUGCUGGAGGAGGUGGUGAGCGAGUCUUGUGGGCUGCAGUUCGUGCUACCCAGAAGAGAUGGCCCAAUGCCAAGAUCGUUGUGUACACAGGCGACCACGAUGUAACAAAAGAGAAUAUGCUCGCUCGCGUCAAGAACACCUUCAGUAUCGACAUCCACCCCCCUACGAUCCACUUCAUCUACAUAUCAACUCGACACUGGGUUCUCGCUUCUACGUGGCCUCACAUGACUUUGCUAGGACAAUCAGUUGGAUCUUUAUUUAUGGGCUUGGAUGCUCUAUCUCUUCUAGUUCCCGAUAUCUUCGUCGACACCGUAGGAUAUGCCUUCGUCCUUGGUCUAUGCAAGAUCCUGUUCCCUGAGAUGCCAACUGCCGCUUAUGUACAUUACCCUACUAUUUCCACCGACAUGCUCGACUCUCUCGACCCCAAGACCAAAGUUGGAAGCCAAGGUGUCAAUGCCGGAAAAGGGGUUGGGUUCAAGGGCUUCCUUAAGAGGCACUACUGGAAAGUCUUUGCCAACAUCUACUCUUGGAUGGGUGCUUCCGUCGAUGUAGUUAUGACGAAUUCUACUUGGACUCAAGCACAUAUCCAAUCUUUAUGGGGACCGCGUCGAAACCGAAGGGGUAAAAGCCACCCUAUCGCCGUUGUGUAUCCGCCAUGCGCUGUCCACGAGAUCGAACGAGCAGUCGAGAUAUCCGAAGAGAGCGAAAAGAGACGCCAAAAGUAUUUGGUGUACAUCGCUCAAUUCCGACCCGAGAAGAACCAUCAACUCAUUUUGCAGUCCUUUGCAGAAUUUGUCAAGACCGGUACCGAUUCUGCAAAAGCAGCCAAAUUGGUCCUCCUCGGUAGCGUUAGAGACGACAACGACUCGCGACGUGUGUACAAGCUUCGUCUGCUAGUCAACGAGCUUCACAUCAAGGACCAGGUAAUAUUCCAGCUUGAUGCUCCGUGGUCUGAGAUUCUUCAGUGGCUUGGCAAGGCUUUCGUGGGGGUGAACGGAAUGUGGAAUGAGCAUUUCGGAAUCGGCGUGGUUGAAUAUCUCGCGGCAGGCUUGAUCUCUGUCGUUCAUAACAGCGGAGGACCGAAACUAGAUAUUGUCACCGAUGUCGACGGUCAACCUACAGGUUACCACGCCUCAACUACUUCAGAGUUUGCCGAGGGCUUCGAGAAGGCUCUUUCGCACCCUGACCCCCUCUCGGUCAGACGCAGAGCCCGCUUGUCUUCCAGGCGAUUCACUGAAGAGGAGUUCGCUAGAAGAUGGCUGGCCGAGCUAGAGAAGCUUGUUGCGAUGAAGUUGUGAAAUACCCCGCCAGUCCCAUCCCUCUCAAUUACUACCACCUCAUUCCCCUUACAUAGAUAUAGACCCACAUCCGAUACCCCCAGGAUUAUACGGUGGGAGGCAGGCUCGGAGUUCGCGUUGCGUUGCGUUGUGUUACCCACCAAAGGGGAGAGAGGCGUGGAGGAUACCAUGGAAUAAGGAGGUGUCGCCCAGGUAUCCGCAAAUACGUAUAAAUACAAAUAAAAAGUGUUUUCAGACGUAAACGUGUCCCAUGUUCUCAUUGCGUAGUAGAAUCCCUACGUUGGCUAC